UGCACAAACUCCCUCAAUAGCGACACAGAUUAGCAGAACACGCACAGCAGUGUCGGCGGCCUCCAGUGUCUCGCGUAGCGUCCGACAGAUCGUUGAGCAGGCCCACGAUGACAAUGAGCAGACGGCCCUCGAGCACUUGGAGCACCAAGACUCCAACGACAAACUGAACAUUGAAAAUAUGGGUAUAAAUAGGGCUAUCAGAAUAGCUACCAACAGAACUGAUAAGACUUUGGAGGCCCAGGUUUCGGGGCCCGAGACUCCAGAAAAAGAUAAAGGGUAUGCGUGGGUGGUUUGCGGAACAAUUUUCACUGUUUUUCUUUCUACAUGGGGUGCGAAUGGCACGUACGGUGUGUUUCUGAACUACUGGAUGCAGCACAGCACGUUCCCUGGAGCCAAAUCGACAGAUUACGCUCUCGUCGGCAGCAUAGUGCUCGGCUUGGCCCAGAUCCUGGCCCCGCUCGCUCAGAUGACCUCUGCCAUCAUUGGUAUCAAGCCUGCCAUGCUAAUAGGUCUAGUAAGCCAGACUCUGGGGUAUUUGCUUGCAUCUUUUUCCACCAAGCUGUGGCAACUCUACCUGACCCAGGGAGUUUUAGUUGGCAUAGGAUUUGCAUUUCUGUACAACCCGUCCAUUGUGACUGUUCCGGACUGGUUCAACAAGAAACGAGGACUUUCGUUUGGCAUCAUUGCCUCUGCCAGCGGUAUUGGCGGAGUGGUCUUUGCGCUGGUGUCGCAGGCAAUAAUCACAAAAACCGGGGCAUUAUAUUAAUCAAAGAGCGGAUUCCCUCGCAGCGACUUACGACCGUGCACGACAUCAAGGUGCGCGUCAACAUUCUAUUCAAUAAGGAGGUGCUGAAAUAUCUCCAGCUCUACCUUAUUGUUUUCUGGUUCGCACUAAUUGUCUCCUGCUACGUGGUGGCUCUGUUUUCGCUCUCCGCGUACGCCGCCUUCAUGGGCCUCUCCGACGCCCAAGGCAGCCACUUGACUGCAAUUUUCAACGCGUGCCAGGCCGUCGGGAGAGUUGCCAUCGGAUUCACGGCAGACUAUACGGGCCGCGUAAACUUGGCGAUCGUGUUGUCUGUGAUCAUGGUCAUUCUGGUUCUGGCCAUGUGGAUCAAUGCCAUCACAGAGCCGUCUAUUUUCGCAUACGCCGUGCUCUCGGGACUGACUUUCGGGGCGUCUUCAGUGCUCAACCAGCCCAUUCUCGCAGACACGCUGCCGCCGGAGCUGUUUCCUGCGGGAUGGAGCUUCCAGGGCGUGAUCCUGGGCUGUUUCACCCUAUUCUGUGAAGUGGUGGCGCUCAGGCUCAGAGACGCAACCAAAUCAAAGCCGUUUAUUAAGGCACAGAUUUUCUGCGGCUGUUUUGCAAUCGGCGGCUUCGUCUUGAUCACCGUUGCCCGCGAGUCUAGCGUCAGGAACCUGCUCGCCAAAAGACUCUGCGAAACAGAAAAAACCCUCGAAUAUGAAAAGGAGAACGAGGUUUUGGCAAGAAGACACGCCACGUAUCACGAGCUGCUCAGGAAAAGCCCGCUCGGGUUCCUGCUACGACUCAUCUACCCAAUCAAGGUUUAGCUGUGGCUACCAUUGCCACACCUGACACCGGGGAAAAUAAAAAAAAUCAGUCUUAUCGACUAUUACCAGUUUUG